GUUGUGCUGCUUGAGGCAGGCCCCGAAGAACCCCUCGUGCAGCAAGUACCCCCAUUCAACUCACACACCUACUCCAACAGCCUAUAUGACUGGAAGCUCGCAGUGCAGAAAGCACCCAAUGACCACACCGGCAUCAUUUCCAGGGCCAAGAUGCUGGGAGGAUGCAGCGCUCACAACGGCAUGAUUUACCUCCGUGGAUUGGAAUCCGAUCACCAAUGCUGGGAGAAGGCUGGGGCGAAAGGAUGGGGCUUCAAGGAAGUGCUCCCGUUCUACAAGAAGUCUGAAAAUGCCCUGGACUCAGACUUGGCAAACGACAAAAAAUAUCACGCCACCGGAGGACCAAUGAGCGUUCAGCGGGCACUCAACGUGGACCAGAACGCAAAGCUGUUGCGCACUGUCUUCAAGGAAGGUGGGCUGACCGAGGUGGACCUCAACGGCGGCCACGACGAGGGCUUCGGCUGGACGCAGACCACCACCAAGCAGGGCCGGCGGGUCAGCGCCAACACGGCCUUCUUGUACGAGCAGCGCAAAACCCGCAAAAACUUGCACAUCUUGACCGAGGCGCGUGUGCGCAAGGUUCACAUCAACGCCGCUACGAAGCGCGCCGAGUCGGUCGAGUACACUGACAAGAAGGGUGCCACGCACAUCAUCAAGGCGCGGCUGGAGAUCGUCCUCAGUGCAGGCACCUACUUCUCUCCACAACUGCUCAUGGUAUCUGGAAUCGGACCGCAAGAGCAACUGAAAAAGGCGAAAAUACCUGUCAUCUCGCAUCUUCCAGGAGUCGGACAGAAUUUGCAGGAUCACAACAUGCCUGCCAGUCUGCCUGUCAUUACGUUCACGCGAACUGCAAUAGUGCCAACGGUAUCACAGUUGCAGAAAGACGCCAAGGAUUAUGCAAGGGGUGUCGGUCCUCUAACCGUCAGGGGCUUGAACCCGAUGGUAGUGCGCAAGCGAAGCCUUUCGCAGCCCAAGAGCGACAAGCGUCCGUACAUCCAGGCCCAGGCUUUGGUUGAAUGGUCGAACGGCAGCCUCAUGCCUUUCUGCACCGAAAGGACGCCAUCUCCCAACUUCACCGCUUGCUAUUACAACCAAGCAACCAUAAACGUGGUGCUCCUCCAUCCUACGGAUUCUGGAACUGUGACGCUGAACACAACCGAUGCAUUCAGUCCUCCGUUCAUCUACCAAAAGGUUUUCACCAGUAAACAGGACGUGGUUGCCAUGGCGGCCGGCCUCAAGGAGGUGACGGACAUGCUCUUGUCGUCCAAGGCGCUCCGCUCCGCGGGGGUCAAGGUGACUCUGCCGGCCAAGGGCGCGGCGUGCGGCGCCAACAAAGUGGGCAGCGCGGCGUGGUACGAGUGCAUCGUGCGCACCAACGGUGGCGUGACCUGGGGACACGGCGUCGGCACCUGCAGCAUCGGCUCUGUGGUUGAUACGCGGCUGCGCGUGCUGGGAGGUGUGAAGGGCCUUCGCGUCGCCGAUGCAUCGGUCAUGCCUUGCGUGCCCAGCGGCAACACCAACGCACCCACCAUCAUGGUCGGCGAGAGGGCGGCAGACUUUAUUAAGAAGGAUCAUGGUGUGGCGUGAAGAUCUAUAUUACCAGGAAACCGGCGGGAUAUUAACUGCAGCCUGCAAUGCUCUACAUUUAAAGCACAAAGAGUAUUCGAUGCAAGUCGAACAUUAA